AUGGCCAUGGCAUCAAUUUGGUACGCGGGUAAGGCCGCCUUUUUACUAGGCGACAUCGUCUCUCCGCUCUAUGCCGAUGAGGUGGUCCUCGAAAAGAAGCUCAAAAAGGUGGCAGAAUAUACCCACAAACCGCAAGUCCAAGUCGACCAGCUCUGCGACGUCCUAUUCUCGGACGUACUCAAGUGGCGCGACCGCCCAAUCCAGGCGUUCAAGUCGCUGCAGGUGAUUGACUACUGCGCGCACGAGGGCUCGCCCCGGUUCAAGGAGUGGGCGAGCCAGCUGCCCAGCUCCCUGGACACUGUCGUGGAAGAAGAGGAAAAGGUAGAGGAGGAGGGCGGCGACGGAGGUAAGGACGAUGAGAAGUCGGUGCAGUUCGUGCGCAUCAAGAAAUAUGCCGCGGAGCUGGCCGCCCUGUUGCGCGACGAGGCGGCCCUCAAUUCAGAGCAGGCGGGCUCCACCAUCUGGAAGCAUAGGAUGAACAGGAAGAUCCUCAAGCCCUGGGGUGCGGGCGAUUUCGUCAACGUGCGGGAUGUGCCGGACGGCGCGGCUCCUCCUCCGCCGUAUGCUCCAUUGGACCACUCUGUUGGAGAGUCCUCGACGAGCCCGGUUGUGGAUUUGCCUGAGACGAUCGCUGGUAGGCCUAGCAGCCAGGACGUCUUCCUCAGCUCGCGGCGGAAGGCUGCCACCCUCGUUAAGGAUUCGAUGCUGCAAACGACAUUUGGCGACGAUGGCCGCAGCUUCUAUCAUGUGUCAUAUGUGGCUGAUGCUGGAAACCAGCAGCGGCAGGUAAGAAGAGAAUCCAGGUGGACGAGGGAGCGCAAGAUCGGGUCGUCGGCGUCCAGCAGCACUUGGCUGGAGAAGUGCAUCAGCGGAGAAGAAGGCGGCCAGCUCCGCGCCGUGAAAGAGAUCCCCAAGAGAAUCUUAAGCAGAGCUGCUGAUGCUUCGGGCGUCGUGGAUUAUACUAAACAACUCGAAGCUAUUGCCAAGUUCUCACAAGAGGAGCACAGGGCUCGUUUCGUGCAAUCCUACGGCUGGUAUGAAAACGAGGAUGCCAUACUAGUAUCCAUGGAGUUUCACCUCUUCGGAGACUUGCGGCACUUCAUGUGGUUUAAGUUUCCCGAAGAACAUGUCAGACUGAUCAUAUCUCAAAUCCUCGCGGCCCUGGAUUUGGUGCACGAGGGCGGGUUCGUGUACGGAGCUCUCGAACCAUCGAACAUCUUCGUGGUAGACACGGCACCACGAUGGUGGGUCAAACUCGGUGACUUCGGUCUCUCAAAGAAGGCUGCAGAGGUGGAAUCCUUCCGCACGAACGAGAAGAGUCUUCUCUACCUGCCGCCCGAGGAACGCAAAAGGCAGCUUCUGCCCCCGAAGGCGGUCGACCCAGAUUUCGCCGAGGUCGAGGCCAUGCGCGAGGCCAAGCGUGGGAAGAUGAUAGAUGUGUGGGCAACCGGAGCCCUUGCCUUCCAACUUCUCACCAACCAAGCUCUGCCUGAAGAUGUUGACAGCGAGUCUAGCAGCGAGCAGUUUCCUCGCCAGAUGCUUAUUGAUCUCGGAGCAAGCGAGCCUUGUAUCGACUUUUUGGAUCAAUUGCUUUCCACGCCCCCAGACAAGAGGUUGUCUUCUUCUCAGGCUUUGGCACUUCCAUGGAUCGGCAGAGCUCGUGAAUAA